AAAGAGAAUUCAGUGGCACAUCAACACCGCCAAAUACGCUUAGCGCCUGUUUGAUACCUAGAAAUCUAGAAAUCCUUCUUCCCCAACUCCCGACCUAAUUUCACAAACACACACAGACACAGUAAGGAAACCCAUUACCCACAUCAAAAUCUGGACAAUUUAUUAAGCUUUUCUAUUCUUCUCCACAACAUCUCACUGGUCCCUAUUUCAUUCCUUUCCCCCUUUCACCUUUUUUUUACAUCAUUAUUCUCUUUGCAAUGUUUUCUGUUUCUCCUCAUUUUGUAAGAUUCAGUUGCAGUGAUUUUUGAAUUUGCAUUCAUCUUCAAAUAUGGUAGACAGAAUUAGCAUCUUACCAGAUACAAUCCUCAGUCACAUUCUCUCAUUUCUCUCAACAAAAGAAGCAGUUGCCACAAGCGUUCUCUCAAAAACAUGGUACCCACAGUGGCGUUCAGUCUCCACUCUCGACUUCGAAGAUCUCAACUAUUCCCGAUUUCUCCACUCGGUUUACAGAGUCAUCCUCGCCAGAGAUCACAACCAACCCAUCCAUAAAUUCCGCCUCAGAUUCAUCGCUCGUCAUGAUAUCGAUGCUACUGAUAUCUACGUAUGGGUUAAUGCUGCGGUUCAACGCAGAGUUCACCACCUUGAACUUUCCAUCCUCUAUCAAUUUCACCUUACACGAUUCAUCAACUUGUCUGCCAUUUUCACUUGCAGAACUCUUGUGAUUCUCAAGCUGAAUGGGUUGUUUUUGAAACCGUGUUCGUUUUCCAGUAUUGAUCUUCCCUUGGUUAAAGUUCUGCAUCUAGAAUGUGUGCCUUUCGCGGAACGGGGAGUUUUCGGCCAGCUUCUUUAUGGAUGUCCUGUUCUUGAGGAUAUCAAAACAAAGAGUAUAGUUUUUAUUAACCAAAUCACUGAUAGGAAGUUUGGAAUUUUACCUAAGUUGGUCAGAGCAGAUAUUUCAAUGUACAAUACUAAUUUUUUACUCGUGGAGGCGGUUAAAAAUGUCGAGUUUUUGCGAAUACAUGAGAUGGAGCAUAUGCACCACCGGCAUGAUGGCGGAGGUAAAGACCCCUUCGUUUUCCCAGAGUUUCCCAAUUUGACCCAUAUUGAACUUAUCUACAACUGCUAUGUUUAUGACUGGUCGCAGGCGGUGGGGUUGCUCAAGCAUUGUCCCAAACUUCAAGUUCUUGUCAUUAACCAGUUACAUAUAGGUGAGGGACUCGAAGACAAGGAAGAAUUAGUACGAGCUCGGAAAUCCUUUCCAUAUGUCCGUAAAUGCAAUCUAUUAUGCCUUCAAAAGGUCUAUCUAAAUGACUAUAGAGGCGGCAAAGGAAAAGCAGAACAAGGCGAAGAUCAAUAAAAUAUUGGCAACGACUACAGUACACAAGCUAUCAAAUACACGAGCGAAAAUCAUCGUUGGAUAUAAUAAUUUAAUAAAUGAACGGCUGUGAUCCAUUACCGGGUACUAGCCAUGUGUGUUUCACUUUUAAUUGCUAUAUCCUCCUCCGGAAUUAAAUAAAUUGCAAAAGAAGGCUCCUACAUAAUUGCUAUAGUAGGCCCAUGUGAAAUUGCAAAUUGCCCUUUAUUGUAACGGAACAGCCCCAUCAAACAACCACCAUCCUUUCCCUUCUUCAUUAUUCGUUAUCCCACCUGCAACUUAAGUUGGGUGAGCUCGACAUCAACUGAUUUUGUUCCAAAUAUUCAUUUCAAUGAACCCAGAUCAUGAUGCACGCAUCAAAUCAUGAUGCAUGUAUGAACCCAGAUCAUGAUUUGUGAAUCAACCUAGAACCCAGAAACCCAUAAUCAACCGAUUUUGUUUCCUCUGGUUGGACCUCUGUGAAAUGGGGUGAGGGUGAGCUCGAAAUCAACCCAGAUGGUUUCCAGACAUUCGAUUGAAGUGACGACACCUGAUGCAUGAAUCAAGUUCGGUGGCUAGAUCCUCUAGCUGGACCUCGCUGAAAAUUCGUCAAAAAGGAUUCAUGACAUGGAAAGAGAUGUUUGAAAACUUGACAACAGGUUCUUAUCCCAUUUCUUAAUAUUUCGAUUUAUGGUUUUUCCCUUAAUUUGAGCAUGAUGAAUGCAAUGGAAUGUGCCUAAAUUUUGCCUUGGUUUGAGCAUGAUGAAAAUUGAAUGCCUAAAUUGUCCCUUAGUUAAAGCAUGAUGAAUGCAAUUGAAUGCCUAAAUUUUCCCUUAGUUUGAGUAUGAUGAAUGCAAUGGAAUGACUAAUUGGUAGUAUGAGUUGCAAGAUAAAGUCUAGUAUGGGGUUGGUGAUGCAAGAUAAAAUUUCCCUUGUUUUCAAUGCCUUUUAGGCAUGCCUUUUAAUGCAAUGUAGUUAAGUCAAUUUGCUUGAAUCAUGUGGUGCUUGAUACUCCUUGAUGUAUUGGUAAAUUUCGAUCCACAAAUCAAUUUUCUCGACCAAAUCUGGUAUUGAAUUGACAUGUUUAGUUAUGAUGGUCAUAUGUUGAUGUUGUUGUCCAAAUGUGAGAGUUCAUUAGCUUAGUACCAAAUGUGAGAGAUUGGCUGCCCAAAAUUAGCCAUCCUCCUAAUUCAAUAUUGUACAAGUGAUAGUGUCCCAUAGGAGCAUGUGAUUUGAAACCAAGAACCUCCUAUAGUUAAAAGCAAUGCAAUAGCUUAGUACAGCCCCACUACAACAGCAAAAAGACCCUUUCCUACAAAAUAAAUGCCCAGAUUACAUGGAUCUAAAAGAUUGGGCAUUAUCUAAUUUAAUCAGCUCUUAAUUGGUCUAAAUAAGAAAAGGGCCAAGAACACAUUGGGCCACUUAGGACAUAAAAGACAACACAAAUGCUAAGUACACAUUGGGCCAACUACAUAAAAGACAUAGACAUACACAAAACAGUGAGCCAACUACAUAAAAGACAAUCACAUUUUGGUGUUGCAAUAGGAUUCAACCUUCAUCUGCAAUUCUACUCUGCAUUGGUUGUGUAGUCCUUGCAACAAGCUCAUGCAAAUCUUCAUGCGAACUGAAUCUUGUGUUUAAU